AGACUAUGUCUCAAGCGAAUAAGACUCUAGAUAAAAGUAAAAAAUUGAUUAAGAAGAGAGCAGAAGUUCUUAUUAUUAGGUGUUUUUUGAGUAGUCUACUAAGAGAGAAAGGUAACGUAACUUCUGGUGAUAAUUAUAAUUAUGACCCUAUAGAUGAUUUUACUAACAGUAUAGCCAGCAUGACACUAAAUAGUAUCACAAUAAAUGCUAUCAAAUCCGCUGUUAGACGUGCUGUCAAUAAAUGUACUAAGUGUGGUAGAUUUGGUCAUAAUUUCUGA